ACACACACGCUGUUGUACACGAAGCAGAAGAAGCAGAGAGGAGAGCAGGACCUAGCGUUUGUUUGUAAUCUCACAGUUUAUUAGUUUCUCAUUGAUGGGAUAGUUAAUGCUUCAUGUCAGACCUGUGUACGAGGGAUGGAUGGAUGGAUGGAUCUGACUUUAGACGCACUGCAUGGUAACGGUGACCAUGACGACUACAAUGUCACCUCCUGGGUGUCAGUGUGUCCCAGAGGCCUCUGGAAAGUCCAGCAAGAGCGAACAGGCAUGGAGAGUCAACAGACUGUUUCCACUUCUGGAGAUGAUGCACCGUGUGCAUCCAGUUCCCGUCCAGGGAUGGGUUCACUGUGUCGAGUCCGAGUGCGACUCAAAGCUGACGGGGAUGAAGCAGAGAGUUUAGUGUCUGAAAAUGGAAUUGAGAAGCUGUCGGUCGCUGAGUUUACAGACUCAGUGGCGCAGGCUUUUCCAAGGUGUCAGGACUCUGUGCUGCAGGUCCCACUGGGCGACUGGACGACGCUGAGGCUAGGGGAGGGUCAGUGCGAUAUCACAGAAGCGUGUGUGGAGGGGAUGAGAGCGGGAGAGAAAUGUGAGAUUCUGAUUUCUCCGAUUGGAAAUGGACCAGAUGUCUCCGUUUCCCAUCCUACUGAGGAAAACCUGCCUUUGUGUGCCACAGUUGAACUCAAAGCUUUCACACCAGGCAAGGAAUCUUGGCAGGUGUCUCCUGCUGAGAAGUGGGAGUGGGUGAAGUCACACAAAGAGAGGGGUGGAGUGAGAUUCAGGAGUGGGGAUGUGUGGGGAGCAGCAGACAGCUACAGUCGAGCUCUCAAACUUCUCAUCACUCUCUACGGUCACGUUAGAGAGGUGAAGAAACAGGGACAGGAGCGAGCGGAGGAGCAGAGAGACACAAACACUGGUGAUGAAACACAGCACCUUCCUUCAGCUAAUGAAUUCAAAACCACCAAAGCUGAACUCCACUCAAACCUGUCCUUGUGCCAGCUCAAACUGAACCAGCCAGAGCGGGCUAAGGCCAGCGCGGCGAAAGCUACUCAGCUGGAACCGGGUGGAACUAAAGCCUGGUACCGACUGGGUCAAGCCUGCCAGAUGGUGAAUGAGCUGGAAGAGGCCAGGCAAGCAUUUAGGAAACUGCUGGAGAUACAGCCAGAAUCGCCUGCUGCUUUGAAGGCUCUCAAGAAUAUAGCAAGUAGAGAGAAAGAGACAAAUGCACAGUUGGGACUUAGACUCAGCAAAAUGUUUAGCUGAAGAUGAAAUAUUAUCAACUUAUUAUUAGAUGUUAUCUGUAAAACGGUAUGUUUCUUCUUGUGUUUCAUCAUUAAAUGGAAGUGCAUCUA